AUGAAUAAUUCUGGCGUAGAUGAACAUGGUCAGGUUGAUAAGUUAGUGCAGGUGUUAAAAACCGGGGACGUGCUGAAUGGGACAGAAGAAAAUUCACAUGCUAGGAGAGAUGGCGGGAACUUUUGGUUUAAAUUGAAGAAAGACCAACACUUUCGAAGUAAAUACAUACUGACACUAGCAUACAUCGCCUCCUUUCUUACUCUAGGAUGGGCGGAAGGACAAUUCGGACCUACGUUUCCAGAUCUGCUACAUAUCACCAAUACAACUCUCGAGAAAGGUUCCCUAUUCUUUACGAUGAAUACUGUAGGUUACCUGUUGGGAUCCUUGCUGAUGGGUUUUCUGUUUGACAGGCGUCUCUUAGAUAGAAACCUUCUGAUGUUUCUGAUCAUCGCCGGAUAUGGCGUCAUCAUUGCUGUCAUACCGUGGUGUGAAAUGUAUGAGGUCAUGGUCACUGUUUUUAUUGUUAAAGGGUCCUUUGCUGGCGGCCUGGAUACGUGCGGUAACGCUGGACUGGUAACUACUUGGGGUAACGAUGGCAACACCUACCUCAGUGCUUUACAUUUUGCAUUUGCUGUUGGUGGAAUUCUUUCUCCCUUGGUAACUGCACCUUACGUCAUGUCGCUUAGUAAUAAUAUAUCUGCACUAAAUUUCACGAACACUGCCAAUUCUUCAGACAUUGGAAAUUCUAACGGAAGUACUUACCAUAUAACUAACCAUAUAACUACUUACCAUAUAACUAAACUGAUUCCAACUGAGAAGUCCUUUGAAGAUCGCUCAUCACUGAUUUAUAUUCCAUAUACAGUAACUGCGGGACUCUGUGUUAUGACAUCAAUUCCGUUUAUUAUUUUUUGUGGUAUUUCUCUUCAGAAAAGACUCGACAGGAAAACCUCGAAGGAAGACGGAAAGAAUAAAACGAAAUUAGAUCGACGUCUACGAAUCACGGGACUCAUAAAUAUUCUUAUCUAUAUAGCAGUGUAUGUAGCUGUAGAUAAAUCAUAUUCAAGCUUCUUGACAACAUUUAUUACGUCACAGUUGAACUGGACAAAUGCUAAUGGAAGCUAUCUCACAUCCGGAUACUGGGCUUCAUUUGCUGUUGGGCGCUUCAUUGGAAUUUUCCUAGUCCAAUGCGUUAGCCCGGCAAAAAUGCUAUUUACGUUCAAUUUUAUGCUACUGAUAUCUCUGCUUGGAUUUCUACUCACGUCACUAUAUGAUGUCAUAUAUUUUGUGUGGCUAUUUACUCUACUUAUAGGUUUUUCUUUGUCAGUCACUUUCCCCGUGGUCGUAAUGUGGACAGAACAAAAUUUUCUUCGGGUCAAUGGAAAAGUAGCAUCCAUGUUUCUAGUGGCAGCAUCCAUUGGGUUCAUUGUAAACCCUCCAUUUCUAGGGGCUUUAAUGGAGACUUAUACUUCAAUGUGGUUUAGUUAUUUGUUAUUUGGGGAAGCGGUUUGCCUAUAUAUCCUUUACUUCAGCGGUGUUUACAUCUCAAGAAAGAUUGCGUCAAGACAUACCAUCAUAGCAGACCAAGAACUAUCCGUUCUAUCGGGAACGUAA